AUGGGUUACCUCGAAGACGAAGACCGGAAGUACGUCGACGACGUCCAGGCCGUCCAGGCGUGGUGGCAAGACUCCAGAUGGAGACACACAAAGCGUCCAUUCACUGCUGAGCAGAUUGUGGCCAAGCGCGGAAACCUGAAGAUCGACUAUCCUUCCAAUGUUCAGAGCAAGAAGCUGUGGAAGAUCUUGGAGAGCAACUUUGAGAAAAAAGUCGCCAGUUUCACCUAUGGCUGUCUCGACCCAACAAUGGUCACCCAGAUGGCCAAAUACUUAGAUACCGUCUACGUCUCUGGUUGGCAGAGCUCCUCCACUGCCUCGUCCACCGACGAACCAUCUCCAGAUCUUGCUGAUUACCCUAUGAAUACCGUUCCCAACAAGGUCAACCAUCUGUUCAUGGCUCAGCUAUUCCAUGACCGGAAACAGCGCGAGGAACGCAUCACUACUCCCAAGGAGCAGCGGGGCAAGGUGGCCAACGUCGACUACCUGCGGCCCAUCAUCGCGGACGCCGACACUGGACAUGGUGGUUUGACCGCGGUGAUGAAGCUGACCAAGCUGUUCGUUGAGCGCGGCGCUGCUGGUAUCCACAUUGAAGACCAGGCCCCGGGUACGAAGAAGUGUGGCCACAUGGCUGGAAAGGUGCUCGUGCCCAUUAGCGAGCACAUCAACCGACUGGUGGCUAUCCGUGCGCAGGCGGAUAUCAUGGGAACCGACCUGCUUGCCAUUGCUCGAACUGACUCCGAAGCGGCCACCCUCAUCACUUCCACCAUCGAUUACCGCGACCAUGCCUUCGUCGUUGGUUCAACGAACCCGAACAUCCAGCCCCUUAACGAUCUGAUGGUGGCUGCUGAGCUGGCUGGCAAGAACGGAUUCGAGCUGCAAGCCAUUGAAGACCAAUGGGUUACGCAGGCCGGCCUGAAGCUGUUCAGCGACGCUGUCAUCGAGACCAUCAACAAGGGCGCACACGCCAACAAAAAGGCCGUCAUUGACGACUACCUGAAGAAAGCCAAGGAAAAGAGCAAUCGCGAAGCCCGUGAACUCGCCAAGAGCAUCACCGGGGUCGACAUCUACUGGGACUGGGACGCCCCUCGCACCCGGGAGGGCUUCUACCGGUACAAGGGAGGCACGCAGUGCGCCGUUAACCGGGCUAUCGCCUACGGGCCCUUCGCGGACCUGAUCUGGAUGGAGAGCAAGCUUCCCGACUAUGCUCAGGCGAAGGAGUUUGCUGAUGGCGUUCACGCCGUGUGGCCCGAACAGAAGCUGGCGUACAACCUGUCGCCAUCGUUCAACUGGAAGAAGGCAAUGUCGCGCGAUGAGCAGGAGACCUACAUCCAGCGACUGGGUGCCUUGGGAUACUGCUGGCAGUUCAUCACCCUGGCGGGUCUGCACACGACGGCGCUGAUCUCAGAUCAGUUUGCGAAGGCGUACGCGAAGCAAGGUAUGCGGGCAUACGGCGAAUUGGUGCAGGAGCCCGAGAUGGAGCAGGGGGUGGAUGUGGUUACACACCAGAAAUGGAGUGGUGCCAAUUACGUGGAUAAUCUGCUAAAGAUGGUGACGGGCGGCAUCAGCAGCACGGCGGCCAUGGGGACGGGAGUGACAGAGGAUCAGUUCAAGCACUGA